CUAGCCGAUGGAUCUGGGUCUGGAUGACUGUCUGCAGCAAUAUAUUAAGAACUUUGAGAGGGAGAAGAUUAGUGGUGACCAGCUACUACGUAUUACUCAUCAAGAACUGGAAGAUCUUGGAGUCACACGAAUUGGCCAUCAGGAGCUUAUCUUGGAAGCAGUAGACUUGCUCUGCGCACUGAACUAUGGUUUGGAAACAGAAAAUCUAAAAACCCUUUCUCACAAAUUGAAUGCAUCUGCCAAAAAUCUGCAGAACUUCAUAACUGGGAGGAGGAGGAGUGGUCACUAUGAUGGAAGGACCAGCCGCAAAUUGCCAAAUGACUUUCUGACAUCAGUAGUGGAUCUGAUUGGAGCAGCUAAAAGUCUGCUGGCUUGGUUGGACAGAUCACCUUUUGCUGCUGUGACAGAUUACUCGGUAACAAGAAAUAAUGUCAUACAGCUCUGUCUGGAACUAACAACAAUUGUACAACAGGAUUGCACAGUAUAUGAAACGGAGAAUAAAAUUCUACACGUGUGUAAAACUCUCUCUGGCGUCUGUGAUCAUAUCAUCUCCCUCUCUUCUGAUCCUCUGGUUUCCCAGUCUGCCCACCUUGAAGUGAUCCAGCUCACAAACAUCAAGCCAAGCGAAGGGCUGGGUAUGUACAUUAAAUCAACAUAUGAUGGUCUCCAUGUAAUUACUGGAACAACAGAAAAUUCACCUGCAGAUCGGUGCAAGAAAAUCCAUGCUGGAGAUGAAGUGAUUCAAGUUAACCACCAAACUGUGGUGGGGUGGCAGUUGAAAAAUUUGGUGAAUGCACUACGAGAGGAUCCGAGUGGUGUUAUCUUAACUUUGAAAAAGCGACCUCAGAGCAUGCUUACCUCAGCACCAGCUUUACUGAAAAAUAUGAGAUGGAAGCCCCUUGCUCUGCAGCCUCUUAUUCCUAGAAGUCCUACAAGCAGUGUUGCCACACCAUCCAGCACUAUCAGCACACCUACAAAAAGAGACAGUUCUGCCCUGCAGGAUCUCUACAUACCCCCUCCUCCAACAGAACCGUAUGUUCCCAGGGAUGAAAAGGGAAAUCUUCCGUGCGAUGAUGUCGGCAGACAUAUAGUGGGCAAGCCGGUUCACACAGGAUCCGAAUCUCCAAAUUCGUUUCUUGACCAGGAAUAUCGGAAGCGCUUUAAUGUGGUUGAAGAAGAUGCAGUUUUAUACUGCUAUGAGUAUGAGAAAGGAAGAACAAGUGGCCCUGGGAGGAGAGAGAGCACGCCAACAUAUGGGAAACUAAGGCCUAUUUCUAUGCCAGUAGAAUAUAACUGGGUGGGGGAUUAUGAAGACCCCAAUAAAAUAAAAAGAGAUAGUAGGAGAGAAAAUUCAUUACUUCGCUAUAUGAGCAAUGAGAAAAUAGGUCAAGACGACUACAUGUUUCAAAGGAAUAGCAAAAAGGAUACUGGGAAAAAAUCCAAAAAGAAGGGAGACAAGAGUAGUAGUCCAAGCCAUUACUCGCUGUUGCCUAGCUUACAAAUGGACUCAUUGAGACAAGAAGUCAUGGGCACACCUGGACCAGAAACCACUUUGUAUCACGUAAGUAAAAAUGAUAUUAACAAAAAUCAUUGCUCUGUACUCGUGGUAAGAGACUGUCUUGUUUUUGUAGUGCUGCUGAAGCCUUUCUGA